CAGGACGCUGACCAUACCUUCAAGCAUCAUGAGCAUUGAACCUACCUCUGCCAUCAUCAACCCUUCCACCCAGCUCCAGGUCAUCUUGAAAUGGGUGGAAGGCAUGGCUAAGGCUGACUUCGCCAUGCUGGAGAGUGUGAUUUUGGACGACUUCAUCCAGGAAGCAUAUCCUGUGAAUCUCAGACUUCCUGCAUUGACUAGCAAGACUGCGUUCAUUGACCAUGUCAAGCAAAUCCUUCCUGUAUUCUCGAACUUCCAGAUGAGCCUCAACUGCCCAAAAUCAAUGAAGUCAUUGAUACACCUGGUGAUCCACGCAAAUGCGACUGCAGACACGUCGAUCAACUUUGACUACGUCAAUGAGUACAUCAUAAUCUUCUUCAUUGCAGAGCAAGGAGGGAAGCUGGUCCUAACGAAAGUGAAGGAGUUCAUUGAUUCGAAAUUUACCGCUGGAUUCAUCGAGGCUUUGCAAAAGACUGGGCGGCUCGGUAAAAUAUAGAUGCAGAGAUAUCGAGAUCCAAGUGUACGAGUGAUAACAAAGCAUUAUGAAGCCG